AUGCACGAUGAACUACUCGAAGGUUAUGAAUGGGAACAAAUGGAUGAAACAACAGAAUGGGAACAAGAACAAAUCAAAGACAUUGAACGAUUAGCAGCAAAAGAUUUAUUAAUGACAACACACGAUGAAAUCGAUCAAAUACAACAGAUCGAAACAGCCAAACAAAUUACUGAAGACGAAAAAAAGGAACGCAACAUACACCUAUUAAACCAAAACGAUCUCUUCGAACAACUUCAAUUCAUCCAAUUACAACUACAACAACCAUAA